AACGUCAAAAUGGUGGACCGGCACGAUCAAACGUUGAUGGACAAAUCGAUGCGUUCGGUUUUCGUUGGAAACAUCCCGUACGAAGCGACAGAAGAAAAGCUUAAAGAUAUUUUUUGCGAAGUAGGACCAGUUCUGUCACUAAAAUUGGUGUUUGACCGGGAAAGCGGUAAACCGAAAGGAUAUGGCUUCUGUGAGUACAAAGACCAGGAAACGGCGCUCAGCGCAAUGCGAAACCUGAACGGAUACGAAUUUGGCGGACGCGCGCUACGAGUGGACAAUGCUUGUACGGAAAAAUCGCGCAUGGAAAUGGCCGCCUUACUGCAAGGCCCACAGGUAGAAAAUCCUUACGGGGAAGAAUGUGACCCAUCAGAAACACCUGACUUGAUUGCGAAAGCCGUCACAGGUCUGCAGCCGGACCAGAUGUACGAACUGAUGCGACAAGCGAAGGCCUGCAUCCAGAACGAUCCACACGAGGCGAGAAAUAUGUUGCUGGAAAAUCCGCAGCUCACGUACGCCUUGCUUCAGUCGGCUGUCGUUAUGCGGAUUGUCGAUGCACACACGGCGCUUUCGUUUCUCCAUCCUCGACACACUAUGCCUCCGGUACUGACGGAAGACCCGAUCAGUGUUCUGCCCGUGCACGAUUCCAUUCUUCCUUCGUUUGGACCGGACGGGCACGGUGGCCCAAUGCAGGGUACGUUUCACGAUAGCGACGAACGCCAUUUGCUCAACGAUCGAGGCAUACCACCGCAAGUACCGGUUGCAAUGGACAUGGAUUUGCGCAUGAUAGAUCCAUUCCUGGUACAGGGGAAUGGUCCUGAACCUAGCUUUCCCGCGCCAGUUGAUAUUCGACCACAGCGUCCCGUUGAUCCACGGUUGCUAAAAGAUCCACGUUUGGAGGCAGCAUCGGUUGCAUCAACUUCAGCAGCUGGAUUGCCAAUAGGAAACAAACCUCCAAUGGUACCACCAUCGGCAUUGGUAGAUCAUACAGCAAGCGAAGCGGGAUCAAAGUCGAAACCCGGUUCAAAUGAUGCAUCGGAUCAAGAAAAGGCGGCCCUUAUAAUGCAAGUGUUACAGCUUUCUGACGAGCAGAUUGCUCUACUACCACAAGACCAGCGUGCUAGCAUUCUUGUAUUGAAGGAACAAAUUUCACGAAAUGCUCCAAAAUGA